GGAGGAGGAGGAGGAGGAGGAGGAGGAGGAAGGACCCGAUGGCGAACAGCAGCGAGCUGGGGAGCAGCAGCAGCCCGCACCUGCCCAGCGCCGGCGGCCUGCUGAGCGCCUCCGGGCUGAAGCUGGCCACGCUGGGGCUGAUCCUCUGCGUGAGCCUGGCGGGCAACGUGCUCUUCGCUUGGCUCAUCCUCAAGGACCGACACCUGCACCGUGCCCCAUACUACCUGCUGCUGGACCUCUGCUUGGCCGAUGGGCUCCGCUCGCUGGCCUGCUUCCCCUUCGUCAUGCUGUCGGUGCGCAGCGGGGCCGCCUGGCCCCACGGGCUGCUCAGCUGCAAGGUGCUGGCCUUCCUGGCCGUGCUCUUCUGCUUCCACGCCGCCUUCCUGCUCUUCUGCGUGGGGGUCACGCGCUACAUGGCCAUCGCCCACCACCGCUUCUACGCCAAGCGCAUGACGGGCUGGACCUGCCUGGCCGUGGUGUGCAUGGUGUGGACUCUCUCCAUGGCCAUGGCCUUCCCGCCCGUCUUCGAUGUGGGCACCUACAAGUUCAUCCGGGAGGAGGAGCAGUGCAUCUUCGAGCACCGCUACGUCAAGGCCAACGACACGCUGGGCUUCAUGCUCAUGCUGGCGGCCGUCAUCGCCGCCACCCACCUGGUCUACAUCAAGCUGCUCUUCUUCAUCCACGGCCACCGCAAAAUGAAGCCGGCCCAGCUGGUCCCGGCCAUCAGCCAGAACUGGACCUUCCACGGGCCGGGGGCCACGGGCCAGGCGGCAGCCAACUGGACAGCUGGCUUUGGCAGGGGGCCAACGCCGCCCACCCUGGUGGGCAUCAGGCAGGCCACCCACAGUCAGAUCAAGAGGCUGCUGGUGCUGGAGGAGUUUAAGAUGGAGAAAAGGCUCUGUAAGAUGUUCUACAUGAUCACCUUGCUUUUCCUGCUCCUCUGGUCCCCCUACAUUGUGGCCUGCUACCUGCGGGUCUUCAUUAAGGCCAGCUCCAUCCCCCAGGUCUACCUGACCACCUCCGUCUGGAUGACGUUUGCCCAGGCUGGGGUCAACCCCAUCCUUUGCUUCAUCUUCAACAAGGAGCUCAGGGUCUGCCUCCGAGCCCACUUCCCAUGCUGCCAAAGCAUCCAGAGCACCCAGGGCACCAUCCUAUGCGAUCUCAAGAGCUUUGGGAUGUAGGGGGGCUUCCUCAGCCUAUAAAAGAAAGAUGGAUACCAUUUUCCAUGUUUCUGCAUACGAUCUCAAGAAAGUGUGACCCGUGGGGGACAUACUGAGCCGGCACCCAAACCUAGGCUGUAAGAAACUAUUUUAUUUAUUUUUCUAUAUUUUGCGUAUGCUCUCCAGAACAUAACAGGUUGCUGUCUAUGGAAACAGGUACUUGAGCAGAACACCCCCAAACCUUAGGCUGUACGAAGCUGUUUCUCUUUUGUGAUUAUGUGGUUUUUAACAACAAAACAGGGCUCCGAGUUUCUGGUCUUGCUUCUAACAUUUCUAGACAUGAUUCCAACAGAUACGGAUUAAGGCCAUGACAUUUUCUUUUUUUUCCUAUUCCUGUCUGUUUUGAUAAAGGCUUAACAAUUUUACUCAUGUAAUAUUUGAUAAAAGCCAAGACAAUUUUAUACUAAAGUUAUUUUUGAUGACCUCAAGAGGUGUUGUUUUCUUAUCAUUUGAUUUCAGUGAAGAACAAGAAGAGGACGUUCCUAGUGUGGUCAGAAGUCAGUUUUUGGUGGGAGCUGUGGGUUCAUUCAUUCUCAAAUGGUUUGAGUAUUUGAAGCAGUUACUUAUAACUUUUGCCUGACAUGCAAACAGUGUAGAACUAAUUUCGAUUUUCUUGUUGCACUAUUUAUUUGCUAAUAUUUCGGAACUAUUUGUGAAAUGUGAUUUUAAAAUACCAACUUUAAAAAUAAUCAACUAUAGCAGUUUUUAAAAACCUAGAUUGAAAUUCAUAUUUUACUGCCUUUAUAGGAAGUUAUCUACAAACCUGGGUAACACUUGUACAUUUUGACUGUUUUCUUUAAUAAAAUCUUGAAAACCUUUACUGUA